UUUAAUUACUGGAAGUUUGAGAUUCUAUAUUUUUUUAUAACAUUAGCAUCAAUAAUAAUCAAAAUGCGGAGAGGUGUCGGUGCUGGAGCCAUCGCCAAGAAGAAGCUCGCAGAGGCCAAAUAUAAAGAAAGAGGAAAUGUUCUUGCAGAGGACCAAAUUGUCCAAAUGUCGAAGCAGUUGGAGACCUUCAAGUCAAACUUGGAGGAGUUCGCCAGCAAACACAAACAAGAAAUCCGAAAGAGCUCCCAGUUCAGGGUUCAGUUUCAGGAAAUGUGUGCCACCAUCGGAGUUGACCCCCUCGCCUCUGGAAAAGGCUUUUGGUCUGAGAUGCUUGGCGUUGGUGACUUCUAUUAUGAGCUCGGAGUACAGAUUAUUGAAGUGUGCCUGGCCCUGAAACACAGAAAUGGAGGGCUUAUUACUUUGGAUGAACUUCAUCAGAGAGUGCUGAAGGGCAGAGGGAAAUACGCUCAGGAUGUGAGCCAAGAUGACUUGGUGAGAGCCAUAAAGAAGUUGAAGGUGAUGGGGAGCGGCUUCGGGAUGAUACCUGUUGGUGGUUCUUAUUUGGUCCAAUCAGUACCAGCAGAACUCAACAUGGAUCACACCGUCGUUCUCCAGCUGGCCGAGAAAAAGGGCUAUGUCACCGUGAGUGAGAUCAAGGACAGUCUGAAAUGGGAAAAGGAGCGGGCGUGUCAUGUCCUGGAUCACCUGCUGAAGGAAGGCCUGGCCUGGCUGGACUCUCAGGCCCCCGGAGAGGCUCAGUACUGGCUGCCCGCUCUCUUCUCUGAGCUCACCCACCGUGAUGUCACGCCCGAGGAGGCCAAUCAGAUGACGCCUUGAGAAGCGCUGACAGCUCAAGAGACUUGUUGGUAAACAAAAUGUGCCUGGUGGUGACGGGGAUCAUGUGAUGGAGUUGGCUCCUUUAACUGGGGCUGGCAGGACGGACGAUUCUCCUCUGAGGUCAUUUUCUGGACACAAGGCGGGGACACUUUCUUCAGCGCUUCUCGUGGCAUUUAUGCAACAAGUCACCGAGAGAAAGAUCACUUCCACAACGCUGCUGGAGAAUUCCCCGUGGUCUGCCUGGUGUCGCGGUUUAGGGGUGUUAAUGUAUAAAUCUUUCUGUACAAAUGUAGACGUUAAGUUUUCUUGUAAAAAAAAAAAAAAAAGACAAACAUUUUAAAUAAAGACUCAACAUGCUGCUUUCGUCAAGUCAGCCUUUUAUCACUUUAUUACUAAUAAAUGCAAAAUAACAUAUAUUCAA